CUGAUUGGUCAGAAGAACCCAGCGGAAGCCAGGGUCAGACCGCCGCUGAGAUCUGUCAAGUUCAGACAUAUCCGACUCCUAUUCUGGCAAAAUCCUGCGCCCGCUUCUCCUGAGGCGUUUCCCCGGCUGCAGUCGUAUCCAGACGACCUUGCGGACGUUCCUGCAAUAUAUUAACAAGAGCCAAUUGCGCCGGAGUUUCCGGAAACACAGCGUGACAAUGGCAGCGUACAAACUAGUGCUGAUCCGCCAUGGAGAAAGCUGCUGGAACCAGGAGAACAGAUUUUGUGGCUGGUUCGACGCGGAUUUAAGCGAGACGGGCGAACACGAGGCCAAGCGAGGAGGACAAGCAUUGAAAGAUGCUGGCUAUGAGUUUGACAUUUGCUACACGUCUGUUCUGAAGAGGGCCGUGCGCACUCUGUGGUUCGUCCUGGACGGCAUCAACCAGAUGUGGCUGCCCGUCCACCGCACCUGGCGCCUCAAUGAGCGCCACUACGGUGGCUUGACUGGGCUGAACAAGGCUGAGACGGCAGCCAAACACGGAGAGGCCCAGGUCAAGAUCUGGAGGCGCUCUUUUGACAUCCCUCCCCCGCCCAUGGAUGAGGGGCAUGCCUUCUAUCAGGCCAUAAGCAAGGACCGGCGUUAUGCUGAUCUGACAGAGGAGCAGCUUCCAACAUGUGAGAGCCUGAAGGACACCAUCGCAAGAGCUCUGCCUUUUUGGAAUGACGAGAUUGUGCCACAGAUUAAAGAAGGCAAGAGGGUGCUGAUCGCUGCCCAUGGCAACAGUCUCCGUGGCAUUGUCAAGCACCUUGAGGGUAUGUCCGAGGAGGCCAUCAUGGAGCUGAACUUGCCUACUGGUAUCCCCAUCGUGUACGAGUUGGACAAAAACCUGAAACCCAUAGGAAGCAUGCAGUUUCUGGGAGACGAGGAGACAGUGCAGAAGGCCAUGGCGGCUGUGGCUGCUCAGGGCAAAGUCAAGAAAUAAAGUAGAGUAGGUUUGUGUGUUGUUUCCAUCAACCCCGUGCUGUGCAGUUCCAAAAAGAAAACUAGUCUACAGGCCAGUCAUCCUAAAAGACCUAACUCACGCACACACUCACUGCACUUUUUAAAAUCAUCUAUAUUUUUGGACGUAGCAAGAUUUUAAAGCAUGAAUAUUCAUGAUGUGUGUAUUGACCAAAAUGUUAUAUCCGGCAGGACCUUGUAGGUAACUUCAUUUGAAAGUGUAUGACUCACCAUAUUGUAACACACAAGACCAAGUUGAUUAAUUGUGUAUCUUCUUUUUGCUGUGACACUAAACUGAAUAAUAAAUGUUGUAUGAACUAUUA